CGGGAGGGGGGGGGGGAAAGCCGGUUGGUGGCUAGAGUGGUCGAAAUGCUAACAAGGCGCAAAUGAACCCUUGAUGGGAGUCUCACUCUCAUUUGAUCUGGCCCUGGACUAUCGAUCUAGCUGCGCAGCACUAGCAGCCUAUUCCACCACCUUAUCAGAGGAGCACAUGCCUCAUAUCGAGCGUCAAGGCAACCAGGGCAGCCUCGGAAAUUACGAUGCAGCGAUGCCAGGAUCCACGGAUACCACCUAACUAACAUAGGAGGUACCUGGUGAGAGUAAUCUUACCAUGGUACAUCCGCAUGCGCGAGAUGAUAUACCAAGGACUAGAUAAAGGGACAGUUCUCUCGACAAUAAUCACAGACCUGAUUCAGUGUCACUCUAUUCACAAAAUGUUGUUACCUCCAUCUACCUUUCUGGGUCUGUUUGCUCUGGCUGCGACUACGACCGCAAGUCCAGCUUGCCUGGGAAGUAUCUCUCAUGAUACCAUUGCCUUCUUCAGUGGCGCCGCUCUAACAUUCGGUUCCAACUAUACGGAUGCGACGGACUGUGGCCUCAAGUGUUCGAUCCUUCCUGCAUGUCAAAGCUGGCUCUUCACCAGUGGUGGCCAGUGUGAACUUUUCCGCCACUCCCCGGUAGCCACAGCACCCAAUCCCAAUUUUUCCUUUGGUUCCUGCGGCCAGACCAGCAGUCCUUCCCAUGAUGCUUGGCCUUCCCCCGUGCCCUCGUCUUCCCAUCUGAUUCACCAUCUUCCGACAUCUUCGCUUACUGCCAGCAUGACCCUGAAUAGUGCGGCGAUUAAGCGGCACCUGGAUGUUCACAGGCGUGGCGGCCACAAUCAUCUUCACGGAAAAUAGAGGUAGCGGUAUCUGUGCCUUGUGACUAAGGGAGGAAGAUGGCAGGCGGUCAUCCACCAGCGCUAAUCAUUCGGGAUGCUCACCCCUGUUGUUUCCUUCUUUUCGUCGCUUUAAGAUACCUGGAAUCUCCACUUGUUGCCGGUAGCCUGGCCUUGCGCCAAUUGCUAGAUGUCCUCUCAGGAGUGAUUACCG